UUUUUCUAAUGCCCUUAUACUUUUCCCCCCUCUAAGAAGCAAACACACAUAUUCAAGUGGCGAUGGUGUUCAACGAGCGGCUCCGGCGAUAGAGAAACCACCGUCAAUCCUUCCCCUCCGUCGCUUCCACGGCGAGGACGACACAACACACGCCGAUACAGUGGUCUGAACAUUCCACGCAUCCAUUACCAUGCCUAAUGUCACCCCUUCCACCAUUCUCAAAUCACUCCACAACCUCUGCUUCCUCAGACUCACCUCUUCUCUCUCGCUUCCACUCACCGGAAACCACCAUGCUCAGCCACCAAAACACGACGGAAACUUCACGCUGGCAACGGAACUCGCCUCGUUAAUGGAACAAUCAUCCGAAGACGCCGCCAGUAAGAGAAAACCCAUGACCCGAAUGGAGCUCAAACGCUUCCUGGAGCUCCGAAUCAAGAAACGGGUCAAAGCACAACGCGCCGCCGACGGCAAGUUCCGCGACCUCAUGAAAAACGUGAUCUCCGAUGCCGAAACCCUUCGCGACGCCUACACCUGCAUCAAGCUCAACUCCAACAUCGUAACCGCCACCGCAACCGCCGCCGUAUCCUGCGGCGAUGACGGUUAUUUCCUGGAUGACGUGGCGCAACGGCUUCGUGAGGGGAGUUUUGACGUGAGUGCGAAUACGAGUUCCAUCUCGACGAGGACGAGGGGAGAGUCGAAGGAGGUGCUGGUGCUUCCCAAUUUGAAGCUGAGGGUUGUUCAGGAGGCGGUGAGGAUUGCGUUGGAGGUUGUUUUCCGGCCGCAAUUCUCGAGGGUUUCACACGGUUGCCGGAGUGGGAGGGGCCGGGUUGCGGCGUUGAGGCAUGUUUGCAAGGGGGUGGUGGGACCUGACUGGUGGUUUACUUUGCUUGUGGUGAAGAAGCUUGAUGCUGCAUUGUUGGCUAAAUUGGUUUGUGUAAUGGAGGAUAAGAUUGAGGAUGGUUGUUUAUAUGGUUUGAUUCAAAGCAUGUUUGAUGCUCGAGUUUUGAAUCUCGAGUUUGGGGGGUUCCCUAAGGGAGAUGGUUUACCACAAGAAGGGGUUUUGUCUCCAAUUUUGAUGAAUGUUUAUCUUGAUGUGUUUGAUAGUGAGUUUCACAGGCUGUCUAUGAAAUAUGAAGGUGUUCGUGAGGGAGUGGUUGUUGAUGGAGAUAGGGCAUUGUCUAAGAAAUGUGAAGGUGAUUGUGAGGGAGUGGCGGUUGAUGGGGAUAAGGCAUCAUCCUCCACGCUGCGCCGAUGGUUUCGGAGACAGUUGGGUGGUGAUGGUGUUGGGAUGAGUGGUGUGGUUGAGGGCGACUCUGGUGUCAGAGUUUACUGUUGUAGGUAUAUGGAUGAGAUAUUUUUCGCGGUUUCUGGUUCGAGGGAUUGUGCUGUCAAUUUUAAGUCUGAGAUUGAGAGUUAUUUGAAGGGCUCUUUGAUGUUGGAUGUGAAGGGUCAAGCUGAUGUGUUGCCCUGUGAAGACACUCGAGGGUUGCGGUUUUUGGGGACUUUGGUUAGGAGGAGUGCUAGAGAGAGUCCUGCUGUGAAAGCUGUUCACAAGUUGAAAGAAAAAGUGGAGCUAUUUGCCUUGCAGAAGCUUGAGGCCUGGAAUUAUGGGACGGUUAGAAUCGGGAAGAAGUGGUUGGGUCAUGGUUUGAAGAAGGUUAAGGAAUCAGAAAUCAAACAUUUAGCUGAUGAGAGCUCUCUCCUGAACAGGGUUUCCUGUUUCCGUAAGUCCGGGAUGGAAACUGACCAUUGGUAUAAGGAGUUGCUGAAGAUAUGGAUGCAAGAUAUUCAAACGAAAAAUGUCAAGAGUGAAAAAAGUAUCUUAUCUAAGUGUGUUGCAGAGCCAGCUCUUCCGCAAGAGCUAAAAGAUUCAUUCUAUGAAUUUAUGAAACAGGCAGAGCAGUAUAUUUCUUCUGAGGCAGACUCUAUUCUCAAGCUUUUGCCAAAUGAAAAUAGCUCAACCGAACGGGUAAUGGCAAAAACUGAGAUUGUUGCUCCUAUCAAUGCCAUAAAACAACGUCUCCUGAGAUAUGGAUUGACUACUUCAAAGGGAUUUCCCCGUUCUGCUAACUUGCUUAACAUGCAAGAUACGACUGAAAUUGUAGACUGGUUUGAAGGGAUUGCUUGCCGCUGGCUGAAAUGGUAUGAAAACUGUGCUAACUUUAGUGACAUAAAGCUUUUGAUUGCAGAUCAAGUUAGGAAAUCAUGCAUUCGUACUUUAGCAGCAAAGUAUCGGGUACAUGAAACGGAGAUAGAAAAGCGGUUUGACUUAGAACUUAGCAGACUUCCAUCAACACAUGAUGCGGAGAAAGAGAUGGCGAAUGAAGCAUUGGAUGUUCAAGCUUUUGAUAAUGAUGAAUCAUUAAUGUAUGGAAUUUCUUAUAGUGGUUUGUGUUUGUUGUCUUUAGCAAGGAUUGUCACCGAGGCUAGACCAUGUAAUUGCUUUGUAGUAGGGUGCUUGUCUCCGGCACCAAGAGUCUAUACUCUUCAUGUUAUGGAAAGGCAGAAGUCUCCAAGCUGGAAGACUGGGUUUUCAACUUGCAUUCAUCCAAGCUUAAAUAAACGGCGUGUAGGGUUGUGUAAGCAGCAUUUGAGGGAUUUGUAUCUUGGUCAUAUAUCACUUCAGUCCAUUGACUUUGGUGCAUGGAAGUGACCGCCAUCAAU